CGAGUAAACAGACCUCAGGAUGUCGUAAGGCGCUAAGUUCUAGCUUUGAAUACGCAAUGAUAUAAACUACCUGCGGUGGUUCAGACGCUCACGGUGGAUACUUUCUAGAAGCAAACAGCAUACUGCACAUUUAAGGCUCUGUAACAUUAUAAUGACAACUGAGAGUCUACUGAACGCGAUAACGUCUGUGCUACGCUGAGCUAGUAUGCUAAGCUAAGUGCUAGCCCCGGCUAACUUCAGUUGGUGUUGGAAUGGUAGAGCGCACCGCGAGCUCCUCCGGUCAUGGCAGCGGGAGCAGGAGCCGCUUCUGGCGGAUCUCUGGAGUCUACUUUAGCACGGAAAUUUCAAAGUGUCACAAACACGAUGGAUUCAAUCCAAGGACUGUCAACGUGGUGCAUCGACAACAAGAAGUACCACAGCCUGAUUGUGCGACACUGGAUCAAGUGUUUGAGGAAAUGUGAUGCCCCACACAGGCUCAACCUGUUUUACCUCGCCAACGAUGUCAUUCAGAACUGCAAAAGGAAAAAUGCCAUCGUCUAUCGUACGGCAUUCGCUGAGAUGCUUCCGGAAGCCUUCGUGCUGAUCAACCAUGAAGGUGACCCUAAGGUGAUUAAAUCAGUGGAAAGGAUACUGUCCAUCUGGGAGGACAGGAGUGUGUAUUCAGGGACACUCAUUGCCGAGCUUAGGAGUAGCCUAGUCAAAGAUGAGUCCCCCCCUGAGACACCUGUGGAGCAAAAAACUCCAGUUGAGUCUAAAGCCGAUCUACAGUCCAAGAUUGUUGCGGAGUUUGUGCCCCAGGCACUAAUAGACCAACUGUCCAAGUACAAGAGAUCUCUCGAGGAGGUGGACCUGAGAGAAAAACAGCUGGCAGCUAUGAGAGUUGACAUCUGCAGUUCUGAAGCCCUCAGGAAACUUAAAGAUAAGGCCGGAGGAAAGAAAUUCUCCAAAGACUUUGAGGAAGGAAGCGCACAGCUACAGGAGUUUGUCAAGUUUCUUGACAAACAAAGCAAAACAGGACCUCCUCUCCUGGAGGCCCUUAGCAAUGCAGAUAUCUUCUAUGAGAUGCAGUACAAGGAGGUCAAGAUUGUCGCCAAUGCCUACCAAACGUUUGCUAACCGAGUGUCCCACCUCAAGCGUAAGCUGGACACCCUGAAGUCUACCUUACCAGACCUGGACGAGUCGCCGAUCCCCUCACCCUCUGCAGAUGCACCGUCUCCAACGGGGUCUGAGUCCCCUUUCCAUGGUCUGGAAUUGGCCCACCCCGAUCCAGAUCUUGAUGGCUCUGCUAUGGAUGAUGAGGCGGAGCCACCGGCCCCGAGCCCUCUGUCCUCACCGGGAGGAUCCCCGAGACACACACAGACUCUGGGACAGAAUGACAAUCGUGAAGUGGAAGACAUGGAGCUCUCUGAAGAGGAAAUGGACAGUGGUGGCAUUAUAGUUGAAGAACAGACUGAAUGUCCCACCCACGCAGAGGUGUCCACUCCUGUCUCUGUAAAAAAGGAGCCAUCAGUAGCAACAGAGCGGCCUGCCCCACGGGUCACGCACCCUGUAGACGCACCUGCAGUUGUGGAAAGUGUUGACAUGAGUAAAAUUGGGUCCAUCUUCAAUAGUUUAAACUCAGUCAUGAAGAACACAGGACCUUUGGUAGAGAGUCCUUCUGCAGCUGCAACUACUGGCUCCUCAGUAAGGACAACACCUGUCUCUGUGGCCUCUCAGGAUGCUAGUUCACUGGUAAACCUCCUUUCCAAGGUGGAUGUGAGUCCUGCAGACCUCCUCAGUGCUCUUUCCAAAGUCCAGGGCCAAGGCAGCCUUGAGGGCAUCAGCUCUAUUCUGAGCAGCCCAGCUGCAAAUGUCUCCGCAGCCUCCUCCAGUACAGGCAAGAUUCCUCCCUCAUCCACAUCUGCAUCAGCAGCACCCUCUCAGAGCCUGUCUCUCUCCUCUGUUGCACCUGUGCCUUCUUCACACAGCUCUACUGUAAGGCAGAGCACAAGAUCCCAAGUCCCUCCUCAGACUUCCAACCCAGCCUCGGCCCUGGUCCAGGCUCUCCAUAGAGACAUGGAUUUGACAACAGAGCCAGAGAAACCCUCGUCCUCUAACAGUUUAGAGUCGAAAAUCCACAGCUUCCUGCAGGGGAACCCAGCUUUUAAUACGUUUGACCUGGGUUUCACUACGAACCCAGCGGGAGGGGAAAAUCUCAGCCCAGUAACUGGCACAGACAACCAGGAUGGGACCCCAGUGCGGGAUGAGGGCGGAGGCACCCCAACCCAAGAUGAGAUCAUGGACAAGCCUAUGGUGGUCCCGUUCACCUCCAACACAAAUAAGUCAUCUAUUGGAGAAACGGCUCCCACUGCAUACCAGAAUAGCACUCAGAAGAACCUCAAAAGCCCGCAACAGCAAGCUCACCUGCAGCCAGGUGUGGCUCACUUACAGCCAGGUGUGGCUCAGAAUGGGCAGGUUUACCAGCAGCAAUCGGAGCACGGGAUUACAGCACCUUACCAGCAGAUUUCUGCACAAACAGGAGGGUCAGUGCCAGGAGAAAGAGCCCCAGGCAGUGCCAGUGGCACACAGACACUUGAAGGCUUUCAGGGGGUGAAUAAAAGGGGUUGGUUUAGUAACACCUACCCAGAGGGCAGCUCUCAGCAACCCAGGGGCUACAAUGUGACAGUGCCCGGAGAAAACAAGACAUCAGGACUUUAUCCAUACCAAACGGAACAAGCUCGGGAACGUCAAAAUUUGGCCUCCCAGCAGGGCGCCACCACAUCCCCUGGUUUCUUCAGAAGCAACCUCCCACCUGUCCCAAAGUUACCUCCCCCUCCCCACACCUUCGACGCCCCUCCUUCUGCGGCCAGUAGUGCAAUGAUUCCUCCAGAUCAGCAGGCGAUCAACCACACAGGGGAGGUUACUGGGGCUAGAGUAAACAGUGCCAUCAGUGGGAUGGUUGUGCAUGACCAUCAGCAUAAGUCCAUGUUUCGUUCAGAUGAUCCGCCAUAUGAACUUGACCGCCCUCACCCUCGUCACCCUGAGGAUUUACACCCUCACCCAGAUGACUUGCGUUAUCAGGAGGACCUUGAGCGGUACCACGAUGAGCUCCGCCAUCGAGAUGCCCUUCUCUUUCAGGAUGACACUUACCACCACCCAGACGAUCCAUACUACAGACCAGGCAGCCCUCCACACCACCACCACCCCAGAGGUCGAGGCAUUACUCCCCCACUCUCACCCUCAGAAGACCCUUACUAUGCCCAUGACUACCAGCGGCAUAGCCCCCCUCCUCCGCACUACACUCCAAGAAGACCACCACCAACUCAUCUUGACAUCCGUCAUCCAAGUCUACGACCUCCACAUCGGCCUCCCCACCCAGCACACCACCCACACCCUAGGGGACCCCCACAUGCACCCUUUCCUCGUUUCCAUGGCCCCAAUCCAAGGUUAAGAGGCAAACGUCCAGGUCCAAGAGGAGGGGGAAAUACUGGUCCAAUGUUCCCCCCGAAAAGACCCUUUCCACCCCCACGAUUCUGACUGGUGAUGUUGCUUUGAGCUCUCAUCAAAUCACUGUGGAUGUCAUGAAGGCAGGGGCAGGACUUUUAAGACUGUUCGGUAACUUGCAAGUCACUCCGUUUUGAGGUCCACACCCUGCCACGAGAGGCCUCUGAAAAUCUGAAAUCUGAAACAGCAAAUGUCGGUGGAUCGAAGUGCAGACACUGAGGUGGGCAUCACAAGAAAAGGUUAUCCUGAAGAGCAAAACUCAGCAGCUACCAGAAGAUAACUGAAAAUGGCGACGAAAAAAGGAGGUUUAGAAGGUUGAGCAGAGACAACACCAAGAGAUGUAAAAGAAAACGGGGGCUCUGAGAGGGCUGCUGAGCUGAAGCGUGAAGAAAGAAGAUUAAAGAAAAUAAGAGGUGGAUAUAUAUAAUUCACUUUUUGUGUUAUUUGCUCCAAUAAUGAAGCAUUGCAUUAAAUAUGUAAUCGAGCAUCAGUUUGAUAUAGGUCAGAGUGUGUGCAUGGUAUGAGUGUGUGCAUGCGGUCAAGUGUAAGUCAACUAGUCACAGGCCGUUCCUCAUUUUCUUCCGAGUUGAAUCCGAGGAUAGUUAUUUUUGCUAAGAGAAUAAGAAAAGAAUGUAGUUGGUGCGUUGUUUCUGCUGUUAUUUAGUUUUUCAGUGAGCAGUGCUGACUGCUUCUCUUCUAUAGCAGCAGUAUCCCAGCAGCUUUUGGUAAAAAAAAA